GGUGAAAGCAUAUCACGUAUAUGGGUUCGUAUGCAUGAAAUCACCAGCACCCCAGUCGAGACAUCGCAACAUGGCCGGCGCAGUGGCCUUCCUGUGUUUUAUAUUACUGUCCCUAUCAGCAGCAUCUGAUGACAAUGAGUACCUGCAGCGUUACAAAGAUUACAUCCAGUCUGUGUCUAACAACGCCACCUAUGUCAGCAUGAUGAGAGCAGAGGAGGAACACCAACACCACCCUAAGGUAGCUGGGUCCCCCUUCCCCUGCACCGUGUACCCGGCGUCUCCGACAGUGCCAACGUCAGUUCACGCUCUGCGACCUGGAGACGUGAAGGUCGUCGGAGCCAUGGGGGACUCCAUCACAGCGGCCCUGGGGGCUGACGCCAGCAACAUAUUGGGGAUGCUAACUGAGUACAGGGGACUCUCCUGGAGUAUUGGCGGAGAUGGAACCUAUGAAGACCAGGAAACACUACCGAACAUCCUCAAGAGAUACAACCCUAAGUUAAAGGGGUACUCCGUCGGUACAGGAGACAAGGAGGACAAUGCUCACCUGAACGUUGCCGAUACUGGCAGCGAAGCCGCGGACCUUCCGAGACAGGCAAGAGUUUUGAUAGACCGGAUGAAGAAUGAUCCGGAGAUUGACCUUGAGAACGACUGGAAGGUCAUCACAAUCAUGACUGGCGGGAACGACAUCUGCGACGUAUGCACUGAUCAGGAAGGGCACAGCCCCGAACGUUAUAUCGAGUCGGUGACCUCUGCCCUGGACCUGCUUCAGACAGAGGUUCCCCGAGUGUUCGUCAACCUGGUAGAGACGAUCAAUGUGGAGAUCGCUAAAGAGCUCAACAAGGGAUUUCUUUGUACUGUUCUACACGUCGCGUGCAAGUGUGCGGCGUUCCCUGAUGGCGAGGAGGGGGAGGAGAUUGUGGUGCAGACGACCAAAGCAUACCACUCUCAGACAGAGCAGCUGGUCAAUACUGGCCGUUACGACACCGAGGACGACUUCACUGUAGUAGUGCAGCCAUUCCUCGAGGACACAUUCCUGCCAAGAACGGCUGAUGGCGAACCUGACUUCAGCUUCUUUGCCCCCGACUGUUUCCACUUGAGCAGUAAAGGCCAAGCCGCUGCUGCCAAUGGUCUAUGGAACAACAUGAUCGAGCCUGAAGGAAGCAAGCGUGUCAGCUGGGCUCCCGGUGAACCUAUCGACUGUCCAUCUGAGGCAUCCCCGUUCUUCUUUACCCGUAAGAACAGCAACGUGACUGGGGGUGUUAUGAGAGAUGGUGCCCCGUUGACUAGUGGCGUGAAGGGGAACUCUGUGAAUGAGGCGGAGAAUGAGGAGAAGAUAAGUGCCAACAACACAGGGGGCUCAGAGGACCACACAGUCGUCAUCGGAACGUCGUUUGUCGUACUGGCGGUGGUGGGGUUGAUACUGACGGCGUUGUGGACUGCAAAUAAACGCCGACGUGUGGGUGCCAACAAGUACCAAACGAUGGACGAGGACACGCUGUGGGAGAAACCUAACUAUGCGACCAAGAUUAUCAAGCAACACUCGCCACUUGAUCACAUGACCAACAAAAAAAGAACACGAAGAAGAAAACAAUUAAUUGAAGCUCCACGACUGAUCAUGACGGACACAUCAAGUCUGCGAGUUUUAUGGCUCAUGGCAGUAUACGUGACUAUCCCAGCAUGCCACGGCAGCUAUGACGACUACAGGGCGUGGCUCUCCAAGGCAGCCAGCAACUUUACCUUACAGAGAGACUUCAGCAAACACCUGCAUCUCUUCAGGGAAGACCUUCAGGUUAUAUAUCUGAGUGAAGGCCACUUCCAUGAUGGAGCAUUUCCCUGUACCACCUAUCCCCCGUCACGACGUACUCCUGUAUCAGUUCACCGCUUGAGGCCAGGUGACAUUCAGGUUGUGGCAGCCAUGGGCGACUCAAUCACAGCGGGAAAUGGCAUUACAGCGAAAACGAUUAUGGACAUGCGCAGACAGGACCGCGGCCUUUCAUGGAGCAUAGGCGGAGAUCGGGAUUACACCUACCAGCCAACCAUACCAAAUAUUUUGAAGAAAUACAACCCCUGGCUGAGAGGAUUCGCUGUUAAAAGUGGCAGCGUGUGGAGUAGGGAAGCUCACCUUGAUGUAGCCGAACCAGGAGCCGAGUCCGCUUCCUUGACCAAGCAGGCAGAGUUGUUGAUAAAGAGGAUGAAGAAUGAACUAUUUGUGGACUUCAGAAACGACUGGAAACUCAUUACCAUCUUCAUCGGGGGUGAUGACUUGUGUUCCUACUGCAAGGACAUGGGGCACUACAGCGCCAGCAACUACGUCGAAAAUGUACGGCAGGCCCUCGACAUCCUCUACUCCAGCAUCCCCCGCGCCUUCGUCAACCUGGUGGCGGUGAACCACGUCGACGUGAUGCAGGGGAUGAACCUCGGAAGCAUCUGCUCCAUCCUUCACCAGUUGUUCUGUUCUUGUGGCUCCUAUCCCCGGAAUGAACUGGACGCUCGGCUGUUACACCAGGCUGCUGACGACUACAACGACGGCCUGGAGAGGCUGGUGGCCAGUGGGAGAUACGACGACAGGGACGACUUUACAGUGGUCGUACAGCCGUUCUUCAGAGAUGCCAAGCUACCCAUGAAGGGAAACAAACCAGACUUGUCUUACUUUUCGCCGGACUGUUUUCAUUUUAGUCAGAAAGGACAAGCAUUUGUUGCCAGGGCGCUCUGGAAUAACAUGAUCCACCCUGUCGGGGCAAAGAGAACGACCAUACUUCCCGGGGAAGCCCUUCAAUGUCCUAGCGAGCUAAAUCCAUACUUCUUCACAAGCAAGAACAGUGUCAACUAUCAAAGUAAGCCGAUACGUACCACUUUCCCUUUCAGACGUGACGUUGGCAGUUACACAUUCUCGCUACGUAUAUCGAUUAUACGACCGCACUCAUCGAGAGUGGUAUCUCGUGUAGAUGUGGAGAACGGACCGAUGAUGACAUGGACACACUUUCUCCUCGCAGCCGGACUUGUAGCAGCAUGUCACGGCAGCUAUGACGACUACAGGGCGUGGCUCUCCAAGGCAGCAAGCAACGUCACCAUACAGAGAGACUUCAACAAACACCUGCAUCUCUUCAAGGAUGACACACAGGACUAUGGGACACCUGCGUUUCCAUGUACACCCACCCCGAGGUCAGACGUCUCGCCCACUUCAGUUCACAGAUUGACCCCUGCUGAUGUCCAAGUGGUGGCGGCCCUGGGCGACUCCAUCACGGCCGGGACGGGAAUUACAGCCUGCACCAUUAUUGGACUCCUCUGGCAGGACCGGGGACUGUCUUGGAGCAUCGGCGGCGAUGGCGACUACAACUACCAACCAACUAUUCCAAAUAUUGUGAGAAAGUUCAACCCGAACGUGAAAGGGUUCUCCGUGAAGAGCGGCUCGGCGAGGAGCAGGAACGCUCACCUUGAUGUUGCAGUACCAGGGGCCAAAUCAGAGGAUAUGGUUGAGCAGGCCGAGUCUCUGGUAGAACGGCUGAAGUCCGAACCAGGGGUCGACUUCAAGAACGACUGGAAGCUCAUCACCAUAUUCAUCGGCGGCAAUGACCUGUGCGACUACUGUGAGGAUAAGGGGCGCUACAACGCCAGCAACUACGUCCAACGUGUACAGAAGGCCCUCGACAUCCUCCACGCAGGCAUCCCCCGCGCCUUCGUCAACCUGGUGGAGGUGAACCAUGUGGACGAGAUGAAGAAACUCAACAUUGGCCUUGUCUGUUCAGUAGCUCACCUGUUUAUAUGUCGUUGUGCCGCCUACCCUGGCAGCGAGGAGGCGUCACAGCAACUUCAUCAGGCAACGGAAGACUACGACACCGCGCUGGAGAAGCUGGUGGCCAGUGGGAGGUACGACGACAGGGACGACUUCACAGUGGUCCUACAGCCGUUCUUCAAAGAAACGAUGCUACCCUUAAAGGACGGCAAGCCGGAUCUCACCUUCUUCUCCCCAGACUGUUUCCACUUCAGUAGACGCGCUCACGCCGCAGCCGCCAUCGCUUUGUGGAAUAACAUGAUCGAGCCAGUCGGUGAGAAGAGAAGGAGCUGGUCGCCUGGUCAGUCGCCCAACUGUCCUACUCCGGACAACCCCUACUUGUUCACAAACAAAAACAGCCACGACAGAAGGUGAGGGUCUGCACACCCACCCACCAAUCCCUUGGAUCCGGUUUUACAGCACAGAUUCACUAAUCAUGUACAAUCAUUACUUACGACCCAUGUUCAAGCCGUGCCCUUCCACAAAACGUCUGAUAUGAGCACAACCAACCACAUCGAAUGUUAUCCUGAUUUGGUUUUAUACCUCCCAAACAACACCCAUGUGUGAUCCCGCCAAGCGUUCUUGUUCACUCGUGUCAUUCCGGAACAAGUCGCACUUUCCGGAAAGGGGCGAGUGUGGACGACUGACCAAACAUCUUCAUCACAGCGUCAGCAACAGAAAGCGUCACAAAACGUACAAGUCUUUCAGCAUUAUUCAGCAUUACUCAAAUACUGUCAACCGAAAUGGAUCUUUGUAAAUCGUGCCUUUACGUUUCCGAUGCAAUAACUUAAAAGUGACUCAAUACUAACUUCCAGCAUGUGAUUUACUGCACAUGCACUGAAAAAUUGUUGCUUGUGUUUACUUGUAAACAAUGAAAACAUGUUGCACGUGUUUAGUCUUAGCUAUGAAAACAUGUUGCACGUGUUUAGUUUGUAGAUAUGAAAACAUGUUGCACGUGCUUACUUCUUAUCCAUGAAAACAUGUUGCACGUGUAAGCCAUGAAAACACAUUGCACGUGUUUACUUAAGCUUGUAAGCCAUGAAAGCACAUCGCACGUGUUUACUGGUAAGCCAUUAAAAAUUGUUGCAUGUGUUUACUUGUAAGCCAUGGAAAAUUGUUGCUCGUGUUUACUUGUAAACAAUGAAAACAUGUUGCACAUGUUUAGUCUUAGCUAUGAAAACAUGUUGCACGUGUUUACUUUGUAGAUAUGAAAGCAUGUUGCACGUGCUUACUUCUUAGCAUAGUCAGAUCACAAUUAUAUCAAACAUUUCCGAUAUUGUCUUGAUUAACCUUCGAGAGUUAUGGAAUGUACCUCACAACAUAUAGGUUCUUGAUUUGCUUGUGGUGAACUGUGGUAUACGCAACCGACAAUGAAUAGGAUGUCUCUUGUCCGAUUACCGUUCUAGUCUAAGGAAUGUUAAUGGGUCAUUGUUAUUUUAUUUGUAAAUUAAACCUGUUUAUAACUAUAAUUUAUUAUGAAAAACGUUAUUAAAUUAUUUAUGUAAAA